CUCCGUCAGCCCUCCCCUAUUUUCAAUUAGCCCUUGAUGGGUGGAGUAAUGCAAUCAGGAGUAAGUACAGCUCGCGCGGAGCCUCCCCUCUCAGUCUGCACCAGACUCAGCACAGACACACACUCCUCAGAUAGGAAGGUGAACAAACCCGGGCAAAAUGACCGACCGCUACGACUGCCACUACUGCAAGGAGUCCCUGUUUGGGAAGAAGUACGUCCUGAGGGAGGAGAAUCCCUACUGUGUGAAAUGCUACGAGAGCCUGUACUCCAACACCUGUGAGGACUGCAAGAAGCCCAUCGGCUGCAACACCAGGGAUCUGUCCUAUAAGGACCGCCACUGGCACGAGGACUGUUUCAAGUGCUUCCAGUGCAAGCGCUCCCUGGUGGACAAGCCCUUCUCCACCAAGGAUGAACAGCUCCUCUGCACCGAGUGCUACUCAAAUGAGUAUUCCUCCAAGUGUCAUGAGUGCAAGAAGACCAUCAUGCCAGGCUCCAGGAAGAUGGAGCACAAGGGGAACAGCUGGCACGAGACCUGCUUUACCUGCCAGAGAUGCCAGCAGCCCAUCGGCACCAAGAGCUUCAUCCCUAAGGAUAACCAUAACUUCUGCGUGCCCUGCUAUGAGAAGCAGUUUGCCAUGCAGUGUGUGCAGUGCAAGAAGCCCAUCACCACUGGCGGCGUGACCUACCAUGACCAGCCCUGGCACAAGGACUGCUUCCUGUGCACUAGCUGCAAGCAGCAGCUGUCUGGCCAGAGGUUCACCUCUAGAGAUGACUUUGCCUACUGCCUCAACUGCUUCUGCAACCUUUAUGCUAAGAAGUGCGCCUCCUGCACCACCCCAAUUAGUGGUCUUGGGGGAAGUAAGUACAUUUCCUUCGAGGAGCGCCAGUGGCACAAUGACUGCUUCAACUGCAAGAAGUGCUCCGUGUCCCUGGUUGGGCGUGGCUUCCUCACUGAACGUGACGAUAUCCUGUGUCCGGAGUGUGGCAAGGACAUCUGAUCUGUCCCGUAGGCUGACAGAUGCAUCUGACUGGACGACUGCCAAAUACUAGCGUAGCAUCUUUGCUACCUAGCGUUGUUAUGAACGUACACUGUUGUACGCUAUGAAAUACAUACUACUAACUAACAGUGUUAUUUUAAUUUGGAAACUUUAUUCAGACUAAAUGCUCACCAUUUGAGAGAAAAAAAGUGAAUAGCAAUUAAAAAAAAAAUCUAUGUUAGCAUGAAUGUAAAGUAUGAAAUGUUUGCAGGUAUAUAACGUAUGAUGCAUUCUGAAACAAAUCCGCAAUAUCAAUGCACACCAUCAGCUUCAAAGUGUGAUAAUGCUGCUUUGUGCAUGGGCUGGACAAGUUUGUGAGAGAGUUCUGCAAGUAACCACAUAAAUAUGAAAAGUGCAUCUUUAUUGUUAUAAAUUGUAAUUAUAGAGUUGUGCAUGAAAUCAAAUAAAUUUAAGAAAUGCUAGAGCAAAAACAAAACAGGUCGGGUCCAUUUUUUUCUUUUCUGUUGAUAUGAGUAUGAUCAAAAAUCACAUGCAAAUGCAAUAGAAACAUGACCGCUGAGUAGGAUCUGGUGGCAUAAGAAACUUAGGCCACAGAGCUGUAGAGAUUUUCACUGUAAUUAAAACAGAAAAUGUGAUUCCUUAUAUUAUGGAUUUAUUU